CUAAAGCUUCUCAAUUCCUUCUUUUUGCCAUUUUCAUUUCUUUGAUUUUAUAUGGCUCUUGAAGUGUUAUGCAAAGACCAGAAGGAGGUAAGAAUUCAUGAAAACUUGGAAGAGCUUAGCACAGAUUUGGCUGACCAUAUUGAACAAUUAUCCGAGGCAUCAAUCAAAGAGCAUGGAGUUUUUGCUGUUGCUUUAUCCGGAGGCUCACUUGUUAGCUUAUUAAGAAAACUAUGUGAAGCUCCAUAUAGCAAGACGGUGGAAUGGUCGAAAUGGCAUAUAUUUUGGGUUGAUGAACGUGUUGUGGCCAAGAAUCAUGUUGAUAGUAACUAUAAGCUUGUUAGGGAUCAUUUUUUGUCCAAGUUGCCUAUUGUUCCAAGCCAUAUACAUUCUAUCAACGAUUCUCUAAAAGCAGAAGAAGCCGCCAAUGAGUAUGCAUUUGUCAUUCGGCAGCUAGUGAAGACACGUGUGGUCAACGUUUCUGACAUCAGUGACUGCCCAAAGUUUGAUCUUAUCCUUCUCGGGCUCGGCCCAGAUGGCCACGUGGCCUCUCUGUUCCCUAACCACUCAACCCUCGAAGAAAAAAACGAAUGGGUAACUUUUGUGACAAACUCUCCAAAACCACCACCCGAACGGAUCACAUUCACACUGCCGGUGAUCAACUCUGCUGCCAACGUGGUGGUGGUUGCAACCGGUGAAGAAAAGGCUGAAGCCGUCCACAUGGCAAUUGAUGACAUGGGUCAUGAAUGCACGAUUUUGCCAGCUAGGUUGAUUCAACCUGGUGCUGGCAAAUUGGUGUGGUUUUUGGAUAAUAAGGCUGCUUCAAAGCUCACUAGCUAGGUUAUCCUAGUUUAGAGGUUUUUGGCUGAGAGUUGAGACUUAUAACUUAUGAGGAUGUAAUUGAAGAAAUUUGUGUCAAAGAAGUCUAGGAGAUUAA